UCCAUAAAACCCACUCCGAUUUCAUCGUUCUCUCUCACUCCCUUGCUUUCUUCGCCUUUCUUCCUUGGAUUUUCUUUUUUUAUUUAUUUUUUUUCGUUUUUCACUUGUUCAAGAAAGAGAAAGACAAAUGGAGGAGUCAUCAAACGGAAACCAAUCCGAAAACAGAGAAUCGAAAGAGAAUCCGAGAGAGGUUGAGGAAUUAAAUGAUUCCGAAACAUGCGGUGACGGAAAUCAUUCCAUUUCGAAUCAGAAUCUUCAAAGAGAGGAUGAUUUCUUCAAGAUAGAGAUCCAGGGCGAGGAGAAGGAAAUACCAAAGCCCCAAGAAGAGGAGGAGGAAGACGAAGAAUUUCGCGAUGACAUCAGCGAAACGUCGUCGUCGAUGACGGACAAGUCCAGCCACGACUCGCUCGGUUCGAACAAAAUGAGCGACGACGCAGCGAGUCUCCAACCUCACCUCCAGCUCCCGAGGCCCGAGGCGCCCCCAGGCCUUUCCUCCUCAAACGGCGACGUCUCGCUCCAGCGGUCGCCGUCGCUGUCUGUGGACAUGCCGGCGAUCCGGAAGUUCAUCCGCGAGAGGAGCGGCAGCUUCUCGGCGGCGAUCGUGAAGCGACUGUCUUCUCUCAAGGAGAACAACUACGCAGACGCUUCGAAGACAACGGCGAAAUCGGCCGGCGUGACCGAGUUCGAUCUCUCGGGGAUGAAGGUGAUCGUGAAGCUCAAGAACAACGUCGAACUCAAAGGCCGAAUCAGCUUCUUCUCUCGGUCGAAUUGCAGGGAUUGCACGGCGGUCCGGAAGUUCUUCCGCGAGAAGGGAUUGAAAUACGUUGAAAUUAACGUCGACGUGUACCCUCAGAGAGAGAAGGAGCUAUUCGAGAGGACUGGGAGCUCGUCCGUACCGCAAGUAUUUUUCAACGAGAAGCUGUUUGGGGGCCUGGUGGCGUUGAACUCUCUGAGGAACAGCGGCGGAUUUGACCGGAGAUUGAAGGAAAUGCUAGGGAGCAAAUGUCCCGACGAUGCGCCUGCACCGCCUGUUUAUGGAUUUGACGACACCGAGGAGGAAUGGACGGACGAGAUGCUCGGGAUCGUCAGGGUUUUGCGUCAGAAAUUGCCCAUUCAGGAUCGUCUGAUGAAGAUGAAGAUGGUGAAAAACUGCUUCUCCGGGAGCGAGACGGUGGAGGUGCUGAUUCACCACUUGGACUGCGGCCGCAGGAAGGCUGUUGACAUUGGAAGACAGCUGGCCAGGAGGCAUUUCAUCAAUCACGUUUUUGGGGAAAAUGAUUUUGAAGAUGGGAACCAUUUUUAUCGUUUCCUUGAACAUGAACCCUUUAUUCCAAAGUGCUUCAAUUUUCGAGGAUCUAUGAACGACAGUGAGCCCAAGCCUGCGGCUAUGAUUGGCCAAAGGAUGACCAAGAUAAUGUCUGCCAUACUGGAGUCCUAUGCCUCUGAUGACAGGCACCACGUUGAUUAUGUGGGCAUCAGCAAAAGUGAGGAAUUUCGGAGGUAUGUAAACUUGGCUCAAGAACUUCAUCGGGUAGAUCUCCUAGCUCUCUCUGAAAAUGAGAAGCUAGCCUUCUUUUUGAACUUAUACAAUGCCAUGGUCAUCCAUGCUGUAAUCAGAAUAGGGUGCCCAGAGAGUGUAAUCGAUAGGAGAUUCUUCUUUUCGGAUUUCCAAUAUGUCGUUGGAGGGUAUCCCUAUUCCCUUAAUACAAUUAACCAUGGGAUCCUCAGAAACAACAGGAGACCCCCUUACUCCUUGGUCAAGUCCUUGAGCUCUGGAGACAAGCGUUUGGAGCUUUCUCUUGCUAAAGUAAAUCCAUUGAUUCACUUUGGGGUGUGUAACGGGACAAGGUCAAGCCCAACAGUGAGGUUCUUCUCACCCCAAGGAAUUGAAGCUGAAUUAAGAUGUGCUGCGAGAGAGUUUUUCCAGGGUGGUGGGAUGGAGGUGGACUUGGAGAAGAGGACUGUAUAUCUCACCCGAAUAAUUAAGUGGUUAAAUGUGGAUUUUGGAAAUGAUAAAGAAAUUCUAAAGUGGAUCCUCAAUUACUUGGAUGCAACCAAAGCAGGUCUCUUAACACAUCUUUUGGCCGAUGGGGGCCCUAUAAAUAUUGUGUAUCAGGACUACAAUUGGUCCCUAAACUCUUGACUACCCACCCCUCUUGGCCAUUAUUUCAACACUAUAAAAAGAAAUAUUUGGUGCCAUGUGAUAGGUUCCUGAAUUAGCGAGAGAGAGAGAGAGAGACUGUAUCUAAUAUAUAUAUUAAAUUUUGAUAUCUUUGAU